CCCGAGCACUCAAUCCUGCGCUGGGUCCGGACAACACGACUUGCUUAUCUCCUCAUUCAGUGUGUUUGCUUCUCGAGAAAAUCGUUUUCUUUUCUCCAGACACUCGUUCUGCUAAAAUGGAUACCGGUGGAAAGGCGAAGAAAGGUGCCGGAGGCAGGAAAGGGGGCGGUCCAAAGAAGAAACCGGUUUCCAGGUCCGUCAAAGCUGGCUUGCAGUUCCCGGUCGGAAGAAUCGGCCGGUACCUGAAGAAAGGCCGAUACUCUCGGCGCGUCGGAACUGGCGCUCCGGUUUACCUCGCCGCCGUACUCGAAUACCUCGCUGCUGAGGUGCUAGAGUUGGCUGGGAACGCAGCUAGGGACAACAAGAAGAACAGGAUAAUACCAAGGCAUUUGCUAUUGGCAGUGAGGAAUGAUGAAGAGCUUGGGAAGCUUCUCGCUGGAGUGACGAUUGCUCAUGGAGGUGUGCUACCAAACAUCAACCCUGUUCUCCUGCCAAAGAAGUCUGAGAAGCCCGGAAAGGAACCCAAGUCUCCUUCCAAGGCCACCAAGUCCCCUAAGAAGGCUUAGGGUUCUUGUAGUGUGGAAGAAAGUGUUUUCUCUCUUUGUAUGUAAUUUGAUUAUGUGUUGUUGUUGUGUAGGAAAAAGCUUUAUGUGGGUAGUGUUUAGGUUGAUUGAACUCUUCUUGUUUCCACGAACUUGUUAGAACUUAUAUUGGUUUGAAGGAAAUGAAAUUGUUGGUUUCAAUCUCAAA